ACGGCGGAGCCGGCAAGUUGCAGCUCCCUCAAUAAACCUACACCUUUUUAUCGAUAAAUAUCCGUCUCGGCGCCCUCUCUCUCUCUACUCCAAAGCCUGUUUUCAUUUGUUAGAGGAGAAACCCCAAAACCUUAUCUCUACACAACACGCAGUAGCAAUGGCUGCUUCUACCCAUUUCUUAUCCUUAGCCCCACGCACCCUCUCCCUGCACCACUCCAACUCCUCCGCCGCCGCUUCCGCUCCUUCUCUCUUCACGCCGUCUUCCAUCAAAAUCCUGCCUAAACUCGUCCUCGCUCUCUCAUCCGUCUCCAGCCGCGCUUCCAACUUUGUAAGGAACGUCGCGCUCUCGUCGGACGUGGAGGAGGACGAAACCCCCUACGUCGGCGGCGCGGAGCGGGAGGAGUCUCCGGAUUUGAAGCUUUUUGUGGGGAAUUUGCCGUUUAGUGUUGACAGCGCUGCGCUUGCCGACUUGUUUCAACAAGCCGGAAGUGUGGAGGAGGUUGAGGUUAUAUAUGACAAGGCCACGGGAAGAAGUCGGGGUUUCGCCUUUGUGGUGAUGUCUACUAUUGAGGAAGCUGAAGCUGCAGUUGAACAAUUCAAUGGAUAUGAAAUUGAGGGCAGAGCUUUGCGUGUAAACUCUGGACCACCACCACCUAAAAGGGAAAGCUCUUUCGGAGGAAGGGAUAGCUCCUUUGGAGGAUCCAGGGGACGGGAACGAUCGAGCUAUGGAAACAAUUCAUUUGGAGGGCCCAGGGGUGGCGGUAGUCGUGAACGAUCCAGUUUUGGUAACGCCAACAAGAUUUAUGUGGGUAAUCUUUCAUGGGAUGUGGACAACCUUGCUCUUGAGUCGGUGUUUAGCGAGCACGGAAAUGUUCAGGAGGCCAGGGUGGUUUAUGAUAGAGAAAAUGGUAGAUCGAGGGGAUUCGGGUUUGUAACCUACAGCUCCGCCGAAGAGGUCAACAAAGCCGUUGCAUCAUUGGAUGGCACAGAGCUGGAGGGUCGACCUAUUCGAGUCAGUCCUGCUGAAGACCGUCGUUAAAAUUAGAAACUGAAAACAGUUUUGAUCCUGCAAACGAUUGAUCAUGCAGAUAUAGCAAGCAUCGCACAUGGUGUUGCACUGAAGCUGAUGUGGUGAUAUGAAGUGGAAAUACUGGUGACUACACUCCCAAGUAUUGAGCUUCUGCAUCGUUGCAGCAAGAGCCUACAUAGUCUCGUAGGUAGGCUCUGCAAAUGUAUCUUCAUUCCGUGCGUGAUUGAAAAAUAUGUAAUCUCACUAGUUAAUUUUGUUUUAACAAUGACGGUUGUUGGCAUUUGGGUUGAAAAGAAUUUGCAGGUGAGUAUUUAUCAGCCAAA